AUGGUGUUCACUGCAACUGGCAGUUGUUUGAUAAAACAAGACUCUGCAUCUAUCGUUGGGACUCCAACUACUGAUGGAGACUCUGAGACAACUUACAGCUGUGUGGCAUCUGACAACUGUAACUAUGAAGUCCAUGUCAUUGGGAACUAUGAGAGUAGUAAUGGAAGACAUGGGUUCUUUACAGAAAGAGUAGCAGGAGACACAAACGUGAUAGUCAGUGUCUCUGGAGAGAGUCCUCGUCCUCUCAUACUAGUUCUGACAUCCUAUGAGCCAGUGAGGUGGAGACUGAGUGUCACUAGUGCAGUCAUCAUUGACAGAGUAAUUCUGAGUGGAUACUAUGCCAGUACUGUCACUUCAAGCUCCAGUAAUGCUAUUAGACAAACUGAGACACUGAGGGACCCUGACAACCACUAUGGAUAUGGCACUGAUCGUGGAGGUGGAAGAACUGCAGAGCUUCUGCUCUACCUUCAGCAAAGAUUUGGUCCUGUUAGUUCAUUUAGUGGCAGCUACAGAGCUGAUCGAUGGGAGCUCAACAUUCACAGGACAUCAGGUUGCAGUUUCAACAGCAAUUGUCCGGUGCCCUCGGCUCCAGAGAAUGGAGCAGUGAAUGUGACUGGAGUCCAGCCAAUUGUAGCCAGGUACUUCACCUCCCAAUUCAGACACCUCAACUUCGAGUUCUUCCAGUGGUGUUAGCAUAGGUAUGGCAAUUGCUGUUUUGGUGCUCGUCGGGACUGCCGUUCUAGUGGUAGCAAGGGUGUGGUUCCUACAACACAGGCAUCGUAGCCUCUCGAGAGUCUCUCACCAACGGUCGUCACCUUCAGUGUCCACUAUUCCAGCUAAUGAGACAACUAUUUUUCACCCUCCUCUCUCAACUGAGACUAGGUUGGUGGAGGAAUCCAUGUUCUCAGCCGUAUCUGACAAGCCGCCAGACUAUCAUCAGGCAGUCAAUCUCCCAUCUGCUCACUCUCCUCCUUCUUAUUCUUCCCAAUGAGAUUAUACACCAUGAAUAUUAUGGGACAGCAUAC